AUGCUCCGGCGCCCGCCAACGAUGGUUUGGCUGCGCGAGGAGGAGGUCGAAAUUACUCUGCAAAGCGUCUUUGACAAGAACAAGGUGCUUAUUGCGCUAGGCCAACUGAAUCUCAACGAUCGAAGCCAAAUCCCUGUCGGCCAUUCAAUUGGCUCCUCGUCCGCCUCUUUCCAAUCCGGCCCUUCGCAUGGGGAUCUUGAUACGAUCCCCCACGCAUCAGUGCUGGGAUCUUCUUCUGCCUCUUACUACUCUACCUCGAUUUUCAACGAACAGCCUACCUCGGACGAAACGAUGGAAGAAGCUCCGUCUGUACGAACCUCUGUAGGAAAUAGCCUUGUCAACCCAGUGGAUACUACCGCCACUAUCACCCGUCUUCGCCAAGCAUCUGCUCGAACCCAGUAUCGAGUGACUCCGCUUCGCGAGCGUAAGCGGCCGCGUAUUGUUAUUAACUCAGUCAAUCUACCCCGCGAGCACCGUAAAGGUCGUGGGCAAAUCGGACAUCGGGGCCGUGACAAGGGUGAGUGUGAGCAAGGAGGGUCCAAUAGUCGGAUUAUGGAUGAUCAUCUCGCUAACCCAUAUUGCCUGGUAGAAAACUACCGACGCAACUCACAGAUCCGUGUCAGUGCGAGACCCACCGUCCAUGAUGAACAGCUGCUGUAUCCUACAUUCACCAACUCCCGCCUGUGGCCUGAUGCUAAGCCCAAUGUGAGCAAGGGCACGAAUUUGGCCCGAGAGUCGAACCUGGCGUCUUCAUCUUACGAGGUUACGAUGGCCGAUUCGUCAGCUAACACUUUCCAGGAUACUUUUCGCAUGAAGAAAGUCGAUGAGUACUUUUUACUGGGCGAGCCCAAGGGCGAUCGUGGAGAUGUUGUGUGGUAG